CCUACCUUCUCUAGUCUCUUCUCAUUCAUGUUUAAAGUAGAACAUCAUGGCUUGUAUAGAUCAAGAGCAACAACAACCAAUUUUUAAGCAUUAUUGUAGAGUUUGCAAGAAAGGUUUUGUGUGUGGGAGAGCUUUAGGUGGACAUAUGAGAGCUCAUGGAAUUGGAGAUGAAGGUGCAAACAUAGAUGAUGAUGAUCCAGCUAGUGAUUGGGAAGAUAAGUUUGGAGGGAGUGUUAAGGGAGGUAAUAAGAGGAUGUAUCAAUUAAGAACAAACCCUAAUCGACAAAAGAGCAAUAGAGUUUGUGAGAAUUGUGGAAAAGAAUUCUCGUCUUGGAAAUCUUUUCUUGAACAUGGAAAAUGUAGCUCUGAAGAUGCAGAGUCCCUAGUAUCCUCCCCCGGUUCAGAGGGUGAGGACUAUAUUAAUAAUGGUGGAAGAAAAGGUUAUGGAUGGUCUAAAAGGAAAAGGUCACUGAGAACAAAAAUUGGCACCAUUAGUACUUCAACUUAUCCACCAAGUGAGGAUGAAGAUCUUGUCCUUGCAAAAUGCCUUAUAGACUUGGCCAACGCGAAGGUAAUUGACAUGUCGUUAGCUGAGCCAGAGGAGUCAUGUGCCUCAGCUAGCAAGGAGGAGGAACGGGCCAGGAACCCGAUGAACUACCUAACCCCACUAGUAAGUACUCGUGUACCCUUUGACAACAAGGCUAAAGGGGUUUCGAAUAAAGGAUUGUUUGAAUGCAAAGCUUGCAAGAAAGUCUUCAACUCCCACCAAGCCCUUGGUGGACAUAGGGCAAGUCACAAAAAGGUUAAAGGAUGUUAUGCAGCCAAGCAAGAUCAAUUAGAUGAUAGCUUAAUUGAUGAUCAAGAUAUGAAUAUCACACAGGAUGAAUUCACCUUACAAGGUUCAAAGUCCAUGAAGAAAUCAAAAAUCCAUGAAUGCUCAAUAUGCCAUAGAGUUUUCUCCACAGGGCAAGCUUUAGGUGGGCACAAAAGGUGUCAUUGGAUCACCUCCAAUUCUCCGGAUUCAACAUCAAAGUUUAAUUUCCAUGGUCACAUGGAGCAAAUUAAUCUAAGAUCAAACUUGAGAAAAUCAGGUGAUGCAUUAGAUCUCAACAUUCCAAUAUCACACGAAGACAUGUCACGAAUUAGGCGAGACCCUAUGAAUCCAUUGAGCUUUGAAGUCUCAACAGAAAUUCACUUACAUCCAUGGAGUAUUAAUGCUCAUGAAGCAAAAGAUGGGGAGAAUCAUAGUUGUAGUGACAACUACUACCUUGAUGAAAACAUAAACAACAACAAUAAUACUAAUGAUAAUGGAAACAAUGGUAACAACAACAUUAAUGGUACUAUACAAAGUGGAGAAGAUGAUGAAGCAGACAGUAGUAAAUUGAAGUUAGCUAAGCUAAGUGAAUUACAGGAUAUGAAUAAAAAUUCUGAAAAUCCCUCUCACUGGUUACAAGUUGGGAUUGGUCCAACUACGGAAGUUGGGGCUAACCCAUAAAUUUUAUACAGUUCCUUAAUUCUUCUGCUUUUAAUUUUUAUUGUCUCCUUUGUCAGACUGAGUAUAUAUCUCCUUUGUAAUUACAAGCUCACCAUAAAAAAUAAUACAUGGUGACACACAUACUGUAAUUUGUACUCUUUUUUUUUUUUUGUUAUUUCCUUGUAAGGGAACAUAUAUAGAUACAAAAUCUUGAAAUUGUUUUAUA